AUGGACGAAACCGGUCUCUUCUACGCUAUGCGUCCGUCUACGGGCCUUGCUCGGAACGGUCGAAAUGGUGUCAAGAUGAAUAAGACUCGCAUCAUAGCGAGACAUGAGGCGUGGAACGACAUCCGCCCCGAGACGAUUGCCAACUGCUGGCGCCACGCACAAAUCUUGUCUGAUCGCAAGAACAAAGGAUCGACCGACCAUACACCUCUUCCCAACGGUCGCGGGCCUCUCAAUGGCGAUCGCGGCAUCAUCAACGCGAUGAACGCUCUGAAGACGGCGAACGAUGAGCUGGUCGAAAGGGGCAUAGUUACGAGCAACGAGAAGAUGAGUAUCCACUUUCUCGUCGAUGUGGAGGAGGAGAACCUUGCUGGUGGGGCUGAAAUGACCGAUCAGGAGAUUGUGGACCUGGUCAUUGCCGAAGAGUUGAAGGAGAAUUGCGAGGGAGAAGGAGGAGAGGAGGAAGGGGAGAUAGAGCUCCGACCGGCGGAGCGAACGACGCUGCAGGAGGCAAUCUCAGCGCUUGAUGUUUUCCUUAGGGUUGCUAUGAAUGGAUACUCAGGUCCAACGUAUUUGAUUUCUUUUGAGGACGAGGCUAGGAGGAUUCGCAGGACUCUUGUUGCCGAGCAGGAUGCUGCGAGGAUUCAGACGACAAUGACUUCGUAUUUCCAGCGUCAGUAG